AUGAAACAACCGUUACUGGUGACACAUUUCUGGUGUGCUGCUUUGGACUUUAGCUUCGGAACUCUAGCAACGCCAUACAUUUUCUACCCUCAUGGUGCUCUUUUUCAAUGUGGAUUUUUGAAUAUUUUUGAGAUCCCUGUCAUAUACUUAAUCAUUCCUGGACUACUAGUUAUCCUAAGCAUGGCAAUAUCACUGAUAUAUCUAUUCGAGAGCCGAAGCAGUUCAAUCAUCAACAAUAGAUUCAGAAUUAAAAGAACUAGAACAAGAGUUAUAUAUUAUGUGCUCAACUAUCUUUUGUACUCUCCAAUCGUACUAAUAUUAUACAAUAUCCCUGAGAAUCAAGAAGCUGCUAAACUGGAAAUUACAACAGUUCAAAUUGUUUUUUUCGUUGUCUGCUCAGUCCAUUAUCUAUAUGUGAAACCAGUUUUCAUGUCCCCUCUAACUCGAAGAUAUCAAAUUCAUUUUUUCAUCGGAAUUGUUAUUCAAGCGGUGCUCCCUUUGUUUGUUAUCGUACUUACUUAUGCCAUUUCUAUUGUUGCAAUUUUGAUGAAUCGACUGACUCAAAGUAUUGUGAAUAUGUGUAUUGUAACAGUCAGUGUCCAUGGACUUGUGGAGAGUUUGGCUAUUAUUUCAAUACAUGCACCAUAUCGGGCCGCCGUUAAAAGUCUUUUCGGAAAAUUAAAGUAUCGAAGAGAUAAUCGCGUCACUUCCGAAGAAAGUGGUGUGCAAAAUAUAAUCAGUUUAUCGAUACACCUGAAUCUAGUUGUUGAGAACUAA